GUAUUCUUGUAUUCUUGACAUUCUUGUUUCUUGAAGUCUUAACUCUUGACUUCUUGAGUACAUUGUUUCUUAAUUCGUUUCACUGAUUGUCUUGUUUAUUAUUUAUUGUUUUUUUUGUUAUUUGUUUUGCUAAUACUCAAUAGUAGCAACUAUAAACUAGUUUAGACUAUAGUAGUUGUGAAUUGUAAUAGAAGACUCAAAUUAGAAAUUACAUCAAUUCAACAUUUAAUCUAAUGAUUGUGCAGACUACUCGUUAUUAAUAUUCAAUAGUUGAAUAAAAACCUAACGAUUAUAUUUGCUCUUUCAACACCAUUAUUCGUUUGAUACUAUGGGUGAAAUCAUAUCAGACCAAGAGCUACGUCGCCGUUUGUUAGCGUUCAAUGCAGUAGUCCCUCCAGUUACCAGUACUACUAGGAACUUGUUGUUGAAAAAGCUUGCAAGUCUUGAGGGUAAACAAUCAAACAAAACAGCUGCUUCUAAUAUUAUGCCACCACCAAAGUUAAGAGGUUUAACUAGUGGUACCAAUGAGUCUAUUAUUAUAUCAUCUUCUGUGGACGGAAAACACUCUCAACAUAAGACAUUUGAUAGCAUGAAUAGUCCCAGAAAAAGCGUUCGUCAACAGCGGCAGUACCGAGCUCCAGAUCUAUUUGAAACAUCAGAUUCUGAAACUGAUACUGGCACGCUAGGACAUUCAAUACUACCUGCCAAUCCAUACAUAGCUAGUUCUUCUCCUAAAUCAAAUGAAACAUCUUUAAUGAAUGUAUCCAACUGGAAAAAUUCAUAUGACCAUCAAAACGCAUAUGUGUCAACAGAAACAAAAAAUUCUCCUAUUAAAAAACGCGAAAUACAAUCGGAAACAAAAAAUUCUCCUAAUAUAAAACACGAAAUACAAUCAGAAAAAAUAAAUUCUAGACUUUUUGACUCUAAAGUAAUUAAACCAUCAACAGAAGGAGUUAAUCAACAACUACGUUCAAGUUCUGUUUCUAAAACUUCAUCGCAUGCUGAUCAGGCAAUACAAAGGUGGAAAGAAAAAAUGAUGAAUCAAUCACGGGAUAAAGACAAUGUAUCAAAAACAACUUCACUGUUUAAUUCACCAUCACCUAUAUCAAAAAUAAGUUCAAAAAAUUUAAGGAAAAACUUUGUUCAAUCUACACAGCAAAAGAAUCUAAUAAACUACACAAAAAAUACACAAAAUAUCAUCCUCCUUUUUGUUGGAUUUUUCGCAGUAAUUUUUGGAUUAUACUUUAUUUCAAUACAACCAAAUACAACUGUAUUACCAUCAAGUAUUUUAAGCUCGUUAUGUGCAAAAAAAAGUCUUCAAGGAGUUGAUUGUGAUACAGAACAAGAAAAAGUACAACGUUUGUAUAACUCAUUGGUAUCGCAAGUACAAGAUAAAUAUAUAAAGAACCAAUGUGACAAAUCAGAUAUUGAACCAAUUGUAAAUCCACAAACUGUAUUUGAAUAUAUUUCAACACAUGAACAUUUACCAUCCAGGGAAAUUGAAGAAUUAGUAGAACUUUUUAAAAGCAUUGCAAAAACCUAUUCUGAUUCACCAAUUGGAUUUGACACUUCAUUUAAUAUCAGUGUAAAACCAAAUUUGCCAAUUAUUUGUGCAAUAAAACAUAUUUUUUCUAAUAUGUUCUAUCUAAUUACAUGGCUUGGAAUAGUGGCUUUAUCAAUUGUUGGUCUUUAUUUUGUUAUAUGCUACAUCUCAGCAAAAAGUGAAAACUAUAAACAAGAAGUUAACCAAUUAGUUGAAAAUACAAUUGAUUUACUAAAAGAACAAGCACAAAAUAAACCAAAUGAAAGUUAUCUACCUAUUAUUCAUAUACGUGAUCAUUUGAUUCCAUUCAAUGAAAGACAAGCAAAAUCUAAAAUUUGGGCUGAAGUAGUUCAAUACUUUACUGAAUCAGAAUCUAGUGUAAGAUCUGAAGUCCAAGAAAUUGAUGGUGAAGAUUUUCAAGUAUGGAGAUGGAUUCAACCUAUGUCACCUGGUGUAUAAUAUGAGUUAUUUUAAAUGGUACAAUAUAAUGACAUUAAUUAAGUGA